UUUUAAAUUGAAAAACAAAAUAACUGACUGCUUAAAAUUUUUCAGAGAAGACAAUUUUUUACAUUUUACAAUGAGACAUAGAAAAUGAUACACCAAAGAAACACAGAGAAAUGUUAAUCUAGGUCAGGUUCCACGUAGCCAGCUCCUAAUAUUUUCACUUUGUCAGAUUUUAUCUCUUGUAAAGAAGAAAAAAAAAUUCCCAGGAGGUGAAAGAGAAAGGAAAUGCUUUUGUUUUUCAACUGUGAAGCUGGAGUUUCCAUGACCUCAUUGUGAGGCCAUCGCUCUUCUUGGAGGUAUUAAUAAUUUGUCUCUUGUUAGAGUACAGCUUCUAAUUUAGGGCUCAGUGACUUAGGGUAAUUUAGAAGGGAUCAGAAAACAUAAUUUUAAAGACUGGAAAAUGAUGGCCAUGAGCAAUAUACAUGAAAAUUGAUAUUAUUGGAGUUGGAGUAUAGAAAGGCAAAAUUCUCUGUGCCAGUUGCAUCAACAAGAAGAAAAUAUUGUCCCACUGAUGAGCACAUACAAACUGGUUCUCUAUGGGGGUGUCCACCCCUAGAGAGAACUGCCAGCCCCAGCAAUAGCAGUUGCUCCCCUCUAGCAGCGUCAUAGAUCACAAAAUAAAAUAGUGCUCUCUCUUCGUAAUUGUGUAAGCCAUAACAUUUGCUGUAUAAUUUUCUUUUCUGAUUUUAGCUUGAUUUUCUGUCCUCGAAAUUUCCUAGGGUUAUAAACAUAAUUGGUGAUUGCUAAGACAAGAAGCCAAUUUUUCUAUUAUAAGAAAUAGCAAAGUACCUUCCGUUUUUGAAGCCUUGCUUACAAAACUUAAAAAAAAUUCCAGGCAUCUGGGAAAUUGAAAUUCAUAAAAUAAUGUUUAAUUAGAAAGGGAAGGAAGCUACAUUUGUAGAACAGAGUAAUUUGAUUAUAUUUUAACUAUUAAAUAGAUUAAUUUUCAAGGUGGUCAUUCUUUAUCAUAUGCACUUAAUUGACAUUAGAUUAUAUUAAGAAUUUAAAUUUAGCUCCCUUUACAAAUUGGCCAAUGCCCAUUCACCCUUGGUAGACUAAUAAGGUUUCUACUAAGCCGUGUUUUUUAUUAAUCCUCAUUACUACUCUUAGAGAAAAGACACGAAUAGGGCCAAAUGGAAUUCUUUCCACUAUUGAGUUCAAUAAACACAAUUUCUGGAGCUGUUUCAACAGAAUGUGAGCAUUAUUAUAAAUUAUUGGGAACUCAGACCCAAAUCCAAACAAUGAAGCAAAACAGACCUUCCUGCCUGUUCUGAUUGCACCACUGUCGUCACAAGUCAAUAAACGUCUAGUGCUUCACUUUAAAAUUUCUUACGAGCUUUUUCUUGGUUCUCUUUCUCUAACUUGGUCUCUCACAAUCUUUUUGUGUCUACAUUUGAGGUCAUCUGUGUCUUCAGUGCAAACCUCAUGCAGAAUAACAAAGAUUCCAGUCGCAGAAAAACCACAAAGUGCUAAAUCCACCUCAGCCUCUGCGUGAGGAAGGCCAUGUCUAAGGAAUGCUGUGAAAUGGGCUCUGGAGGCUUCUCCUGGGCUCAAAGUCAGUUCUUGCCUGGGAGUGCUGUGUGACACAGCAGGCUUUUCCUCCUCUCAGCUUAAGAGCAUGGACCAGUGACAGUGAGGCCCUUUGUCCCUCUCAGCACUCCCUGACCAUCCCUGAUCACAGUUCAGGAAUGCAGAAGUUGGGCUUCUAAGAAAUUAAGCUAGUAUCGUUGCACCAAGUCAUGGGUUUAUGUUUUUGCUUUUUUUUUUCAUAGGCAUUUUAUUUGCCUUCAUUUUUGACCCACUAAUUGACAAUACUUUUUUUUCUUCUGUUGUUGCUAUAAAUACUACGUAGGGGUUUUAAUGAAGUAUUAAUAGACCCUCAAGCUUUUCCUAAUAAAUCACAGGCUUUUGUAUCUUACAGAAAUGUUGCUUAGUUGAGUGAUUCUGGAUCUAAACUAGAUGUAAUUUGCAAAGACGGAGAGAAUAAAGGGAUUUGUAAUAUUUAGGGGCCCAGUUUGAAAUGGUACCAAUGGAUUUAUUUUGUAUUUUUUUAAGGGAAGAGUCCUUGAAAGAGACUAUUAAAUAAUGUCUACUUAUUUUCAGGACAAUAUUGUAAUUGUAGAAGCUUAAAGUAGGAAAAUUAGUUUAAUGAGUGCCACUGCUCUUGUCUAAAAAGAAAUUUCUUCAAAUUAGUCUUUAUUUUUUUGGGGGUAUUCCUAUUUUGUCAAAUGUGAAGUGACAGUAAGAACAGAUACUGUGUUUUUAUGAGACCAAAUUGAGAUCAACUAUAUUUUUUCUUCUUUGCUAUCUGUGUGUGUGAUUCACAGAAUUAAUACAAUCUUAUGAUUUACUCUGUAGUAUACAAGAAAGUUUCAGUUUGUUCUAUUAAUACAGACCACACUUUGAAGAACAUAAUAUAUACAACCUCACAUCGUGUGAGAUUUGAGAUUGAUGUUUAAAGAUUAUUCUUACUAAAGUGGGUAUUUUCCAAAUUAAGUGAAAAGAUAAUAUUUGGAGAAAUUAGAUUGAAUUGGUUGAGGCAUCUUAUUUUUGCUGCUGUUUUUAAAGUUUGAGUUCUGAUGGUCUUCUACUGCAUGUUCUGAUUCUCUAGUAGCGUUUCAUCUUCAAACAUUUUACCCCUAGCAUACCAAUUUUUGUCUUAGAAAUAUGGCCUCUGCCCAUAAGAGACAGAAGAGGUUGCUGAAAUUCUUAAAGGAAUCUAAUUGUAAAGCUGACACACAGAACCAUGGUCACUUUUUGUGACUAGGAUUUGCUCAAAUUCUGGUCUACACUAGCACAUUUGUUCUUCAGUAUUACAUCAAUAGCUCUAAAAUAUAUUAUACAGUUGAUCUCUGCAAUGAUUUCAUUUGUUCUUGAUGUCUAUCUAUCUCAAAUACUACCAUUUGCAUGAAAGAACUAGGUAGCACGUAGGAAGAAUGACUGUUUAAAACAUUAUUGUAGAGUGGAAUAUAGAAUUUAUUUUUGGCCACGUGACUCUGAAGCUAAUUACUUUCCUUGAAUCUUUAGUGAUACUUAUUUCUUUCUAUUAAAUGUGAUCUUCAGUCCUUACUGCGGUUUCUCCCAAAAGGUACCACAAACCCAACAACUAUUACAGCAAACCCAUUAAUGAUAUGUCAUUAUAAUCAGGAGAUUAAACUGUAUUUGGAUAAAUAGGGCCAUUUAAUGUUGCUAAAUUGUACCAGGAGAAGGAAAUCGAAUACAGUUCUGUACUGGGUAUCGUAAGCAGGAUAAAUUUAAAUACUAAGAUUUUAAGAAUCCGUGCUGGCUAAGAAAGGGAGAGCAUUGUCAAAAUUCUCAAGUCACUGAGUAGGAUAGAGUUGGCAGCUGUCUCCCUGAUACUCAUUCACCGAUGGCCUGGAGCAACUUUCCAAAACUAGUGACCAACUGUGCCCUCCAACAUCCGUAAUUUGGUGGACUGAGAUAAGGGUAAAGUAAUAAAACUUAAUGCUUCAAGGCAUAUGUAAACUGUUCUUCUGCAGAGAUAGGGCAGGAAUUUUCUCUGUUCUUUCUGCAGGUCAAGUUCCCAAGGAUCUUCAGAAGUAAUUUGUGAAAUGAAGCCCUGGAGCUGGGAACCUGAAUUUGCCAGCUAAGCUUCCCAAGUAGACUGUAUGUCUGAGUGAAUAAAUGAAUUUGAUCCAAGGAAAAUCCAUUCCUCGCUGCCGAAGAAUUAACAGGAUGCUCUCCAAUGAAUCCCUCCAUCCUCCUGCCUUCAGCCGUUCCAACUCAGAAGCCUCCGUAGACAGCGCCUCCAUGGAGGAUUUCUGGCGGGAAAUAGAAAGUAUUAAAGAGAGCAGCAUGGGAGGGCAAGAAGAGCCACCGCCAGCUGAGGUCACACCUGCGGAUGAAGGAGAACUUGAAGCAGAAUGGCUGCAAGAUGUGGGUUUAUCAACUCUGAUCUCAGGUGAUGAAGAGGAAGAUGGCAAAGCCUUGCUCUCUACAUUGACUCGAACCCAAGCAGCUGCCGUGGAAAAGAGAUACAAUACCUAUACCCAGACCAUGAGGAAAAAGAAUAAGCAAUCUGUCAGGGAUGUCAGAGACAUUUUUGGAGUCAGGGAAUCUCCUCCUCGUGAUACCUGUGACAACCACACUAAUCAGCUGGAUGGCACCAAGGAAGAAAGAGAGCUUCCAAGAGUUAUCAAGGCAAGUGGUUCCAUGCCAGAUGAUGCUUCUCUCAACAGUACUACCCUGUCUGACGCGUCCCAGGAUAAAGAAGGGAGUUUUGCAGUUCCCAGGAGUGACUCUGUGGCUAUACUUGAGACCAUUCCAGAUCUCCCAGUUCAUUCCAAUGGAUCACCGGAGCCGGGACAGCCAGUGCAGAACGCAGUCAGUGAUGAUGAUUAUCUAGAAAAGAGCAUUCCACCAGAGGCUGAAGAGCUGUCAUUUGAAGUGUCUUAUUCAGAAAUGGUUACAGAGGCUCUAAAAAGAAAGAAACUUAAGAAGUCAGACAUUAAGAAAGAAGACCAUGUUUUAACUAAAUUUAUUGUUCAGAAAACCAGAUUUGGCUUAACUGAAGCAGGAGAUCUGUCUGCUGAAGACAUGAAGAAAAUCCGCCAUCUCUCUCUCAUUGAAUUGACUGCCUUUUUUGAUGCCUUUGGAAUUCAACUGAAAAGAAACAAAACAGAGAAAGUAAAAGGACGAGACAAUGGGAUUUUUGGAGUUCCGCUUACGGUCCUCCUGGACAGUGACCGAAAGAAAGACCCUGCAGUGAAAGUUCCCCUGGUAUUACAAAAAUUUUUUGAGAAAGUUGAGGAAUCAGGUCUGGAAUCUGAAGGAAUUUUUCGACUUUCGGGAUGUACUGCUAAAGUCAAGCAAUACCGUGAAGAACUUGAUGCCAAGUUUAAUGCUGAUAAAUUUAAGUGGGACAAAAUGUGCCAUAGAGAAGCUGCAGUAAUGUUGAAAGCAUUUUUCAGAGAACUACCCACCUCUCUCUUCCCUGUGGAAUACAUACCUGCCUUCAUCAGUCUAAUGGAAAGAGGGCCUCACGUCAAAGUACAGUUUCAAGCCUUACACCUCAUGGUCAUGGCGCUGCCUGAUGCCAACAGGGAUACAGCUGAGGCCCUCAUGACAUUCUUCAGUAAAGUGAUCGCCAAUGAAUCAAAAAACCGAAUGAGUCUGUGGAACAUUUCUACAGUGAUGGCACCAAACCUUUUCUUCAGUAGAAGCAAACACUCUGAUUAUGAAGAAUUACUGUUAGCAAACACUGCGGCCCACAUCAUCCGCCUAAUGCUUAAGUACCAGAAAAUUUUGUGGAAGGUUCCAUCUUUUUUGAUCACUCAAGUAAGAAGAAUGAAUGAAGCCACGAUGCUGUUAAAGAAGCAGCUCCCGAGUGUCAGGAAACUGCUCAGGAGGAGGACCCUUGAGCGGGAGACUGCAAGCCCCAAGACUUCAAAGGUACUGCAAAAAUCACCCUCGGCAAGAAGAAUGUCUGACGUGCCGGAAGGAGUCAUACGGGUCCAUGCUCCACUUCUCUCCAAGGUGUCCAUGGCCAUUCAACUCAACAAUCAAACCAAAGCCAAAGACAUAUUGGCAAAAUUUCAAUAUGAAAACAGUCAUGGUUCAUCAGAAUGUAUUAAGAUUCAGAACCAAAGGUUAUAUGAAAUUGGAGGAAAUAUAGGAGAGCAUUGCUUGGAUCCAGAUGCUUAUAUAUUGGAUGUAUAUCGUAUAAAUCCUCAAGCAGAAUGGGUGAUUAAACCCCAACCAAGUUCUUAAAAUAUCCUCAAGAUAGCUGCUAUCAUGUAUUAUAUGCCAAAAAGAUCGUACAUUUUGGUAGGGAAAAAACACUGUGUUUGACAUAUUUGUUCCUACAGCCUUCUCAGUAUUUCUGGCCCUCCGCAGUGGACAUUGUCAGCAUGAACUAUGGAAGGGGCACUGGUUCACCAAUUCAGCUGAAGCUUUCUCAUGAUUUUUUUUUUUUUUUAGAAAAGUAAAGGAAAGAUGAUGUGGUCCUUCCAGAAGAAAGACCAAUCUAGAAUAUGGAACUCUAAUCACUUCUAGUAUUUCAGCUUCCUAGCAGAAAUGAACUUGGCCCUAGACCGAGGGAUAAGCAAUGUUCUUUAUGUAGCCAAUGCUACCCAACGAAAGAGGUGAAAGAGACCCUUUUUUAUACUUAAUGUACAUAUUUGAAUUUUUUUGAGCAAGAAUGCCAGAAAUAGCCUUCAUUUCUACCCUGCAAAAUAAUCCAGAUAUGCUUUUUAAAGAGAAUCGGUUUCUAAAGUGAAACAUACAAUAUUUAUGCUCUGACUGACUCCUGAAUUGGAGGAGGAAGAACUUCUGUUUAAAGAAACUAUAUUGUUAUGUACAUCAGGCUGUGUAUUGUGACUGUCAGCAUUCUGGUGCAAAUGAACUUUUCUCUAUCAUCGACUGUGGAAAAUUGAUACUUUUAAAGCAUAUUCUUCUAUGAGCACAGGUCCUCCUAGUGAAGCUUAGUUUGACAAAGGGUGUCAUAUGUAUUAACAUUCACAGAGCCUCUAUUUUCUCAUUAUGAUUAUGGUGCUCAGUGUCUUUCCAAGUGCCAGGCACAGGCUUCCUUUUCUGAUCAAACGUACCAUUUUUUUACAUUUCACAACUAUAGACAGUCACUUCUGCAGUCCCAGUUUAAAAAUGCAGAACUGCUUUAUCCAAGAAUGCUGAAAAAUACUGUUCUAUCCGGGUUUUAUAAACUAUAAAAGCAGAUUUUGCUUUUGUUUGUUAAUCAUAAGCAUGGCCGAGCAUCGUGGAUUAGCCUGAGGCUUAAAAUCAGAUACCUGUCUGGUAAGAUGACCACUAUCUCACUAUCAAGAGCCUGCAGAGCCAUAUUCCAGACCUGUGACCGCCCAGAACACAUAGUUCCCACAUUUCUAAUUUGGAGCAAAUCUAAAAGGUUCUGAGCGAUUGGACAGCUCUGCCUUUCCUCUUGAGACUGUGGAUAUAGUCCUUCUCGGAUUAGCUGGAAAUGCGGACAGAGUUCUCAUUUAUCCCAGACAAGAUUUUGAUGAAUUUAUAUUGGUUGUAAUGAGGCCCAAAUGACUCUCUCUUAACAAUUCAAGCAGUAGACAGAGGUGCUCACAAAUACCAAAAACAUCUUUUUGUCUACUUCGCAGGUCUCCAAACGUGGUAAUAUUUAAGCCCAUUUGUAGAAGAAAUCUUUUAUAUGCUAUAUUACACCUUGAUAUCUAUAUGAAACGUUGCUUAUAUUAAAACAUGUAGAUAACUUGCUGGAAUUUAGGAUUUUGUUAUAUUUUUAUAGAAAACACAAGAUCCAUUCAUUUGAUUUGUUCAUUUGAGAAUUUUUUUUUUUUUGCCUGAAAACCCAUUAAAAGGAAACAUGCCUUGUGCAUAAGUUUUAUAUUUAUUCCUACAUUUUAUUCAUUUUUAAUGUAUGGGCAAUUGGUGGCACGUGGCUACAUCAUGAAUUUCUAGAGUCUGAAAAAAAUGCUGUCAUCAUUUUUGCAAUUCAGACAACAGGGGUAAACAUUUUACUUUAUGUAAUUGCCACGUCCCAAGAUGUAAAAUGGCAGUAAUUUAUGACCACAUAUGGAAGAAAUUCUCCAAACAGCUACCUUAUGUUUCUGCAUGUAUAUGAAAACUGAGUAAUAUUUCUCAGUGUAUUUCCUUGCAUUCAAAUAGUUCAAUUCUGUUGUGUUUAUAUAGAUAAUUCACAAAUCUGUUCAUUAAAUUUUUUAUUUGAGAAUUUUUAUUUCUUUUGACCAAAAACACAUUAGAACCUGUGAGUAAAUUCUGAAGGUUUUAAGAUUUACUUCAGUUUGUCAUCAGUUUCAAAUAAAUCCCUAAUACGUAACAGGUAAAAUACAGUUUCUUGUCCACUUUCAUGUGGUUUUACAUGGCAGAGACUUAGCUGAGUCAAUAAGUAUAAUCACUCUAGUUUAUUCAAGGAUGUUUGACAACUUUCAACUUCCAUAUAUAUAUAUAUAUAUAUAUAUAGAAGGCCAUGUCAAUACUAGUAUCAUUGGAUAUAACUUUUAUUCUUAAUCAGAGGGCGAAUUGAUUAGAGAAGAAUUUUUAGUAGAUACACAGACUAAUAUUUGUGUGAUUAAAGAGGUUCUUUUGACCAAUUUUAUUCUUCAGAAUAAACAAACCCCUACAGUUAAAAUGCAAAGAUGCCUGUCAUCUAAGUAUUGAAAGAAUUUUUGCCUUAUCAAGAGUUGUUUUUAAAAAGUUUAAUGAAUUCAUUGCAAUUCUUUGCAAACAAAAGGGCAGAUACUGGGCUUCUACAUGCUAUCCUUAAGAGCUUCUCCCCCUCACCCAUUCCUAGUGCUCUUGGUAUACGCUUGGGAAAAUUACGUCCUCCAGGAGAAAGUGUUAGAGGGAACUGACAUUUUAGGAAUGCUUAUUCAGAAAAAAAUCCUAGAGUUGAUUCAUUUUUUUCCUCCAUUCUGCAAAAGAAGAUCCCUUUGUUAAGCAGCUCACUUGGGAAUAUGAUUCUUGGAGUCAAUGAUCUCUAAACAAACUGGAUUAUCAACUAUUUACAACGUCUAUACAGUAUAAACUACCUCACUCGCCUUUCUUGGGAAAAAAAAAAUGAAUGGACUUUAACAAUUGUUGUUACAAACUGUGCCUGAAUCUUAUUAUUUAAAUCGCUUCAAUUAGCUUUCAGUGUAUGUUUAAUAAUAUACAUUUAAUGACGAAAAACGUUUUCAGCAAAGCUUUAAAAGCAGAAAUACUGUGUAACUGUGAUCUGUGUGGUAUACUCUGAGAGAAUUCUGUGCCCUGCUCGUUGUCUUGAGUUUCUAACCACGUGCAGACGCGAGUGUUCAGGAGUAGGAAUUAAUGUCCAUCUUUUCUUUCAGGCAUUUUCAUCUGGUGUCCACCUAUUUCACUUGACUGAAAGCUCACAUGAGUUAAAAUGUCCCUUCUUCCUAGCGGGCGUAUUUCAACUGUUCUUCAUAAAUGUUUAUUUGCCUUAAAAGACUUUGUGUUAAGGGAUUAAAUAGUUUCUCUGACAGGCAGUUUUUAACUAUUUUCUACAAAUAAAAAUAAUACGACAUGGGAUUAGAGUGUGUGUUUUCAAGCAUUUUUAACAGUUUUACACACUUACAUACACCUUAAUUAAAAAUUUUUGUUUCUGUCAGACAUUUACCAACUAUUUUCUAAAACUAAUUUGAUUGACAAAUCAUGACACUAGAAAACACCAAUGUUUUAAGUCUUUGCCCAUCUCAAAAGCAAAUAAUGAUUCUUCUGUUCCAUCAGCUUUCAUUGUUAAGUAGAAUAUGUAUGUUGCAUUUUAUCCUUAAGAAAUAAAGAGAAAAA